AUGGAGGAGGGCAGCAGCGGUAGCGGUGGCAGCGGUGGCAGCGACAGCAGCACCGGUGGGAGUGGUGGAGCGCAGCAAAGGGAGCUGGAGCGCAUGGCUGAGGUCCUGGUCACUGGGGAGCAGCUACGGCUCAGGCUGCAUGAAGAAAAGGUUAUUAAAGAUAGGCGACAUCAUCUCAAAACCUACCCAAACUGCUUUGUUGCCAAAGAACUGAUUGACUGGCUGAUUGAGCACAAAGAGGCUUCUGACAGAGAGACAGCAAUCAAACUCAUGCAGAAGUUAGCAGACCGGGGCAUCAUUCAUCACGUGUGUGAUGAACAUAAGGAAUUCAAGGACGUCAAACUCUUCUACCGCUUUCGGAAGGAUGACGGCACCUUCCCGCUGGACAAUGAAGUGAAGGCCUUCAUGAGAGGACAGAGGCUGUACGAGAAGCUGAUGAGCCCUGAAAACACACUCCUGCAACCCAGGGAAGAGGAGGGGGUCAAGUAUGAGCGCACCUUCAUGGCGUCUGAAUUCCUGGACUGGCUGGUGCAGGAAGGCGAGGCCACCACAAGGAAGGAGGCCGAGCAGCUGUGUCACCGGCUCAUGGAGCACGGCAUCAUACAGCAUGUGUCCAACAAGCACCCAUUUGUGGACAGCAACCUUCUCUACCAGUUCAGAAUGAACUUCCGGCGGAGGCGCAGACUGAUGGAGCUGCUCAAUGAGAAGUCCCCCUCUUCCCAGGAAACUCACGACAGUCCCUUCUGCCUGAGGAAGCAGAGCCACGACAAUCGGAAAUCCACCAGUUUUAUGUCCGUCAGCCCCAGCAAGGAGAUCAAGAUCGUGUCUGCGGUGCGGAGAAGCAGCAUGAGCAGCUGUGGCAGCAGUGGCUACUUUAGCAGCAGCCCCACCCUCAGCAGCAGCCCCCCUGUGCUCUGCAACCCCAAGUCCGUGUUGAAGAGACCCGUAACUUCAGAGGAACUCCUGACUCCCGGGGCUCCAUAUGCAAGGAAGACAUUCACGAUUGUUGGUGACGCCGUUGGUUGGGGCUUUGUGGUGCGAGGAAGUAAGCCAUGCCACAUUCAGGCCGUGGACCCCAGCGGCCCUGCGGCAGCGGCGGGAAUGAAGGUCUGUCAGUUUGUUGUCUCUGUAAAUGGGCUCAAUGUGCUGCAUGUAGACUACCGGACGGUGAGCAAUCUGAUUCUGACGGGUCCUCGGACGAUCGUCAUGGAAGUCAUGGAAGAGUUAGAAUGCUGA